CAUGCGUAGUUGAUGAGACUGAGCCUCUGUCAGGCUAGGGAUGCCGCCGAGAGACUAGGACGCAUGCGCAGAUCUGGAAAAAAAAACCACGCAGACUGCGGUCCUUGGUCCUUCGUGGUUUAGAUUGUUGCUGAAUGCUUCCGGCUGGAGGCCGGUUCUAAAACAGGCCCUGCCACACCGAGCUGUGUCCUUGAUGAGCACCUGGGCUUACCUCCGCGUCCCUGCACCACUGAUCGGGAUAUGCUCAGGGGCCUGGGGACUUGGGCUUCAGAAGCCAGCACUGCUCUUCCCAGGAAUAGCUGCCGCUGUGGUUCAGGUGGCAGGCAGGAAGGACUGGCCUGCUCUGCUUCCCCUGCACGAGAGUGAGCUUGAAGAACAGUUUGUGAAAGGACAUGGUCCAGGGGGCCAGGCCACCAACAAAACCAGCAACUGUGUAGUGCUCAAACAUGUGCCCUCCGGCAUCGUGGUCAAGUGCCACCAAACACGAUCUGUGGAUCAAAACAGAAAGAUAGCUCGGAAAAUCCUCCAGGAGAAAGUGGAUGUUUUCUACAAUGGUGCAAACAGCCCUGUCCACAAAGAGAAGCUUGAGGCUGAGAGGAGAAAGCAAGAGAGGAAGAAGAGAGCAAAGGAGACGCUAGAAAAGAAGAAGUUGUUGAAAGAACUGUGGGAAGCGAGUCACACUGUCCCUGAGAAAAGGAGCGAGGCUGAUGGUGUGCCAGGGGGCUUCCGGGAAUAGUGGCAGUAAUACUUGGCACGUGUUGAACAUCUGAAGAAAGCCUCCAGGAAGUGGGCGUGGUGGUGCAUACUGCAGUCUCUGCACGGCACUUGGGAAGGUCAGGCUUGGGUGGAACACUUGUCCCAGAAGCCUCAAAAUCCACAUAAGAGUGGAGGGUCAGAACUGACUCCACAAAGCUGUGCUCUGACCUCCUGACAUAAGCUGACAUGUAUGCCCACACUUGUCACACACAAAAACAAAUAAGCAGUAAAAGGUUAAGAUAAAAACAA